AUUAAUCAAUACACAUCAAGACGAUAAUCAUCUAUAAACUUUGUAUGUUCAUCGAUGAUUAUUGCCUGUGUGUUUACAAAUUCAUAGACGAUUAUCAUUCCUAGUGUUACCCCAACCAACAUGACUCUAAGUAAUUACAUAAACGGAGUAUGUUUUAAUUUGUAGGCAUAUAUAUACAUAUAGGAGAAUUUAUUUAAAUAACACUAAAACAUAAAGAAUUUCUCUAAAUAGCAGUAUUAAUCAUAAUCUAUUAGUCAUUAUUCAAGUAAACGUUCGCCAUAUAUAUGUAUGUAGGCAGUGGUGGGCGGGGGGAAGUGGGUGACGGAGGAAUGCAAGAAGUCGUUCAUGGAGAUGAAGUGGAAGAAGGUGCACAGGUACAUCGUGUUCAAGUUCGCCGACGACAAGUCCCUGUCCCUCACGGUGGACAAGGUGGGGGGUCCCGGGGAGAGCUACGACGACCUGGCCGCCGCCCUCCCCAGGGACGACUGCCGCUACGCCCUCUUCGACUUCGACUUCGUCACGGUGGACAACUGCCGCAAGAGCAAGAUACUGUUCAUCGCCUGGGCCCCGGCGGAGUCCAGGAUCCGGGCCAAAAUGCUCUACGCCACCUCCAAGGAAGGGCUGAGGAGGGCUCUCGAUGGGAUCCACUACGAAGUCCAGGCCACCGAUCCUGCCGAGAUGGGAAUCGAUGUCAUCAAGGAUCGUGUCGCCAAAUGAAUGAAAUACGAUGAUGAUAUGAUUAAUUAACUGCCCGGCCACAACAACAACAUCAUCGUCAUUAUCAUUAAUUAUCAUCAUCAUCAGUUCUGUGUUGUUUUUUUCUUCUUAAUUAAUCGACUUUAUGAGAGGACGACGACGACUGGACGGAGUAUUAUUAUUCUCAUUAUUAUCAUUACUCACUCGGUAAUCAAUCGGUAUGCUUAAUAAUUAUUAUUGCAGUAGUUUAAUUGCAUGGAUCAUAUGCAUGCAUGUAUGUGCUUCCAUCAGUUUUUAUUGAUCAAAAAUAGAAACUACUUUAUUAUGGCUUGCUAAUAAUAACAUCAGAUAGUG